GCCAUUGCCCUAGCAAGAGCGUUGGGUCGCCUGGCAACCGCACCAAGGCUGCAGAGGAACCAGGCACUGAGGAAAUUUACAAACCUGACUUCCAGACUCAGUUCCUCCCGCAAGGGGAGAGGUGCCUUCAGGGAAGAAGUCUGGGGGCUGAAGAAACCAUAAAGCCACGUUUCUCAAACUUGUCUGCCAAAAGUUGAGCAUAAAACAAUAGUUAAACCUGCUUCCUGACAUGGUAUCAGAACAGAGCUACUGCUGAGAGUUUGACUUAUAGAGAAAUCAUGGUUCGACUAACCUUGGAUCUAAUUGCCAAAAGUAACAAUCUUAAACCCCGAAAAGAAGAAACCACUUCACGAUACCUGAAGAAAAUAACUCAUCUAAAUUUUUCAGACAAAAAUAUAGAUACAAUUGGAGACCUCUCUCCUUGCAAAAGUCUUAGUGUUUUAUACUUGUAUGAUAACCGUAUUAGUGAAAUCACUAACUUGAAUUAUGCUACAAAUCUGACCCACCUGUACCUACAAAACAAUUGUAUUUCAUGUAUAGAGAACCUCAGGUCAUUAAAGAAACUGGAAAAACUGUAUCUGGGAAGCAAUUAUAUUGCUGUCAUAGAAGGUUUAGAAGGAUUAGAAGGACUAAGAGAGCUUCAUGUUGAGAGUCAGAGGCUUCCCCUUGGAGAAAAGCUGCUGUUUGAUCCAAGAACUCUUCAUUCUCUGGGAAAAUCCCUCUCUAUAUUGAAUAUCAGCAAUAAUAAUAUUGAUGACAUAAGAGACUUAGAAAUACUGGAGAAUCUUAAUCAGCUCAUAGCAGUUGACAACCAACUUCUGCAUGUGAAGGAUUUGGAAUUUUUACUGAACAAGUUGAUGAAGCUGUGGAAAAUGGAUCUAAAUGGAAAUCCUGUUUGUCUCAAACCCAAAUACAGAGACAGACUGAUACUGGUGUCCAAAUCACUGGAAUUUCUUGAUGGAAAAGAAAUUAAAAAUAUGGAAAGACAAUUCCUAAUAAAUUGGAAAGCAUCCAAAGAUGCCAAGAAAAUCAGCAAGAAAAAGAACAGUAAAAACGAGGAUGCAAGUAACUCAUACAUAAGUAACUUUGAAACAAUCCAUCACAUAGUUCCUGUUUAUUACCCACAGGUGGGUAAGCCAAAAUUAGUCUUUUUCUCUGAUAUACCAAGAAACCUUGCAAAUGGAAAUGCAUCCUCAGAAAGCUCCCAAGAAGACAAACCUAAAAUUGCUGAAGAUAUGGGGAAUCCCUCUUUGAAGGAAUGUGAAAGCUUGCUGACAAAAAAAUGAUAUAUACGAAUUUCACCUUCUCCAUAACCCAAAAGAAAAUGUUUGUAAAAAAAAAAAAAAAAGUAAAUUCGUCCUUAAGUGUUCUUUUGUUUGUUUGUUUGUUUUUUACCUUUACAGUACUAGGCAAUAGCAUCUUCUGCAAUUUGUAGCUUUAUGGUAUCUCAUUAUGUAAAGAAAAUGAAAAUUGCUUUUCAAUUGCUUUAUGCCUCAUCACAUACAAUUUACUGAGAAAAUAAAGAUGUGCUUCCACA